UCAACUGCUCCUCUUCUCGGACUCUCGUCUGCUGGGCUCGCUCCUAUUAUCCUUGUCUAUUUCGGCUCUCAGACUGCACAUAAUAGGAUCUGCACUGGAUAAUAGUCACAAGCAAUCAGCAAUAUGUUGCUGCGGCUUCCGCUUUUGUUACCAUGCCUGUUCGCCAUCGUUCUUCACGGAGUGAACGCCGACUCUAGUGCUGGUGCACUGUACCCUCCUGGCCUGCAACCUCUCAUAAGCCGGGCCAAUGCUUUGCUUUCCGUGGGGCAGUUUCACGAUGCCGCGAAGGCAUACUCCGAUGCAAUCGACCAAUCACCUGCAGACUACCUGUUGUUCUACAAACGUGCUACCGCAUACUACUCCCUAAGCAGACACCAAGCUGCCCUCUCAGAUUUCGAGAAAGUCCUCUCGCUCACGUCCGACUCCUUCGACAAGGCGUACCUCAUGAAGGCGCGUAUCCACGCAAAGGAGGGCCAGUUCACGGAGGCACGCGAUGCGCUCAAGAAGUACAUGGCGAAGAACAAGGAUAGUGACUCGCAAUCGCUGCUCUACUCUAUCAGCGAGGGCGAGAUGUCCGCGAAGAAGGCGGGGCAGGCGAUGAAGGCGAAGCUGUGGAAUGCAUGCGUGGAAGCGGCGUCAACAGCGUUGCUCACUGCAUCGCAUUCUGCGGAGCUGAGGCAGCAGCGGGCAGAUUGCUCGCUGGCUGCGGGGGAUGUGGAAGCAGCUGUUGGAGACCUCACUCGUCUAACGCACCUCACGACACCAUCUACGUCUCUUCUCAUGAAGAUCUUCCGUCUCUCAUACUUCCUCGGCCCCUACUCUCCCAGCGACACCCAAUCUACCGCCCUUACCACAUUGAAACAAUGUCUACACUACGACCCCGACUCCUCGCAGUGUCUCCCCGCCCACCGGCUCGUCAAGUCCCUCGACAAGUCUUUGAAGAACCUCGAGAAGCACCUCUCCAAAGAAGAUUGGCGCGCGGUCGUCAGCCUCCUUGGUGGCGAGAAAGGCCUCAUCGCGACCUUCGAGAGCGCACUCGAGGAACACACCACCCGUGCCGCGCUCGGACUGCCUACAUCAAUCCCGCUGCCCUCCGGAAAGCGUACAUCCCCGAGGCGCGCCACGCUCCUCCGUGCAAUGUGCCGUGCGCACCUAAAGCUGAACGACCCCAAGCGGGGCGAGCGAUGGUGCAACGCGCUGCUCGAGAUGGAGGGCAUGCAGGAUGACGGAGACGCGCUGAUGUUGCGCGCGGACGCGCUGAUGGCCAAGGAAGAGUGGGAGGAGGCCAUCCGCGUGCUCGAUCGCGCGUUCGAGGCCAGCGGACGCUCGAGCCGCGAGAUUCGCGACCGGCUGUUGAAGGCACAGAGGCUAUUGAAGCAGUCGAAACAGAAGGAUUACUACAAGGUGCUUAACGUGCCGCGCGACGCGGAUACGAAGACAAUCAAGAAGGCUUUCCGGAGAGCAGCAAAGGAAGCGCAUCCGGACAAGGGCGGCAGCGAGGCGAAGAUGGCCGCGGUCAACGAGGCGUACGAGGUGCUCAACGACCCAGAGCGCCGCGCGCGAUUCGACAACGGCGAGGAUCCGAACGACCCCAUGGCGCAGCAGGGAGGGCAGCCGUUCCCAGGCGGCGGCGGCGGCGCCCAGCACUUUGCACAGUUCUUCCAGCAGGGCUUCGGCGGCGGCUCCCCGGGGGGCUUCCAGUUCCAUUUCAGCCGUGGCGGACAUUGAGUGUACUCGUGCUCGUGUUCGUGCUCGCCGGUGGCGUGCUGCCGUGCCGUACAUUGAGGGCGUCAUGCCCCUCGUCCGGUCGUUUCCUCGUGUCUUGCAUCUCUGCUCCGCAUUGUAUAUCAUCAUCUUUCACGUCCCAUGUUGUGCUGUAGCAAUCCCAGACUCUCGGACUGUUGCUUCGUUCCUGCUAAGUUUGUUUGACUGAUUGUGAUGCUCAGUUGCUCGUUGCC